GGCGCAUGGAGUUUAGAGGCAACUCUCGUAGUUACGCGUCACUAGCAGCUGCUUCAACGUCAGAUCCUUGGCGCAUGCGUGGAGUUAAGAAAGGCUGACAAGUGAAAUGUUUUCAGAAUACGAUUAUGACCUUGACGAAGACAAGCUGGGCAUACCAACCGUCCCAGGAACAGUGACUCUAAAGAAAGAUUCACAAAAUGUAAUUGGAAUAAGCAUAGGUGGAGGUGCUCAGCAUUGUCCUUGCCUCUAUAUUGUACAGGUGUUUGACAAUACCCCUGCUGCAUUGGAUGGAACUAUUGCAGCAGGAGAUGAAAUUACUGGCGUGAAUGGAAAAUCAGUUAAAGGAAAAACAAAAGUAGAGGUGGCCAAAAUGAUCCAGACUGUUAAGGGAGAAGUGACUAUUCACUACAACAAAUUGCAAGCUGAUCCGAAGCAGGGAAAAUCGCUUGAUAUUGUACUGAAAAAAGUGAAGCAUCGUCUGGUAGAAAAUAUGAGUUCAGGCACAGCAGAUGCCCUUGGCCUAAGCCGUGCCAUCCUAUGUAAUGAUGGACUGGUGAAGAAACUGGAAGAGCUUGAAAAAACUGCAGAAUUCUACAGAGGUAUGAUGGAACACACCAAACGUCUCCUAAGAGCAUUUUUCGAACUCUCCCAGACACACAGAGCUUUUGGAGAUGUGUUCUCAGUUAUUGGUGUCCGAGAGCCUCAACCUGCAGCAAGUGAAGCAUUUGUUAAGUUUGCUGAUGCUCAUCGAAACAUUGAAAAGUUUGGAAUUAGCCUUUUAAAAACUAUUAAACCAAUGCUGAAUGAUUUAAAUACAUACCUUAAUAAAGCCAUUCCUGACACAAAAUUAACUAUCAAAAAAUAUCUUGAUGUCAAGUUUGAAUAUUUGUCAUACUGCCUGAAAGUAAAGGAAAUGGAUGAUGAGGAGUACAGCAGCAUAGCAUUAGGAGAGCCUUUGUAUCGUGUUAGUACAGGAAAUUAUGAGUAUCGCUUGAUCUUAAGAUGUCGACAAGAAGCACGAGCGCGAUUUGCUAAGAUGAGAAAAGAUGUCUUAGAAAAGAUAGAACUUCUGGACCAGAAACAUGUUCAAGAUAUAGUGUUCCAGCUUCAGCGUUUUGUUUCGGCAAUGUCUAAAUAUGAUGACCAGUGCUAUGAGGUUCUGAAGGAGGCGGAUAUUUUCCCAAUUGAAGUGGACCUGGCCCACACUACCCUUGCUUAUGGCCAGAAUGAUUUAUUUACAGAUGAGGAGGAAGAUUUGGAGAAAAGGAAUGAAGAAGAGAAAGGAGAGAAAUUAAUUGAUGAUGCAUAACAUACAAAAAGAAGAUUGUAAUGCUUCAUGGUUUUUGAGUAAAAAGUAAUUUAUUCUUGGUUUAAAAAAAAAAAUGUUGUUCCUGGUUAAGAACUUUAUUCACGCAGAAGUACACUUUAUAGAUGGGGAAGGGGUGGUUGUUAUGUACUAAAACUGUAUGCUGGUAUACAAAGUCGUAACAUUUGCUCAAGCAGGCUUAUGUGCAACAAUGCAUUCCUUUUUAUGAUUUUCCACCGCUCACAGUGCAUGGGGGCAUGGCCUCCAUGGCCCCAACAUUUCUUAAUUUGUACUCUGUUUACUUCAACUUAAAAGUAUAUAAAAUACCAAUCUUUAUUAAACGUGACCCAAAAUCUCGGAAA